AUGCCAAAUUAUGUAAAAUUCUUGAAGGACAUCAUUUCCAAGAAGAGAUGGAUGGAGGAGUUUGAAAUAGUGAAGCUUUCUGAAGAAUGCAGUGCUAUUCUUCAAAAGAAAUUAACUCAAAAAUUAAAAGAUCCAGGGAGUUUCAUUUUGCCAUGCACCAUUGGAAAUUCAUUUUUUGCUAAAGUUUUAUGUGAUCUUGGUGCUAGUAUUAAUCUUAUGCCACUUUCUGUUUGCAAGAAAUUUGGACUUGAAGAGAUGAAACAAACAACCAUUUCUUUGCAACUAGCAGAUCGAUCCAUUAAGUAUCCACGUGGAAUCAUAAAAGACGUAUUGGUAAAGGUAGAUAAAUUUAUUUUUCCUGCUGAUUUUGUGGUGUUAGAUAUGGAGAAAGAUGAAGAAGUCCCACUAAUUCUUGGCCGACCAUUCUUGGCUACAAGAAAGGCUUUAAUUGAUAUUCAAAAGGACGAGUUAACAUUGAGAGCGAACAAGGAAGAAGUUAUGUUCAACAUCUACCAAGCUAUGAGAAUUCCAGAAGAGCCAAGCACUUGUUUUAGGGUAGAUGUCAUUAAUCAAUGUGUAGAAGAAGCCUUUCAAGAAAAUGCACCAGCCGAUCACCAAGAACGAGCCUUGCAGCAAGAUACAUCACUUAGCAAUGAAGUGGGGAAGCUAGAGCCGAUUGUAGCAAAGCCGGAUUCUACAUUUUUUGAAGAAAAAAUGUAG